AUGCCACCACCCCACCUCCCCAACGAAAUCUGGCUCACAAUUAUCACCCACAUCACAAAUCCCCGCAACACAUGGCUCUCCCUCCGCCCCGUAAACCGCCAAACACAAGCCUGCGUCGAAAAAUACUUCGCAGAAACCCUCCUGCCCCAACUAAAAGCCAGUCUCCCCAUGAUCAUGCCCAGCUACGACGCCCGGAACCCUAUCCGCGGCUCAGCGACCUUCCGGUAUUGCAAAGCGCAGACUCAAGUCAAGGGCAUGAAUGAGGAUGUGGUUUUCGAGCUCGAUGAUGCGGGGCCGCAGUUUUAUCGGGAGAAUUUUCUGGGGAGGUGGAAGGGGUUGAGGGAUGUUGAUAGGGGUUGGUUGAGGGAGAGUGUGGUUUGGGAGGUGGGGCUGGGGGAGAGGGUUGUGAGCAUGAGGAUGAAGGGGGUGAGGGCUUUGAGGGAGGGGGUGGAAGAGGAGGAGGCGAGGAUGAGGUUUGAGUGGAAGGGGACUUUGACGGCUUUUUUGAGGUGA